GUGGAUGUUAGCAACAUGGAGCCGGAAGGUGAGGAGCCCGGGGCUGUUAUCGCAGUUGUGACCGAAGCUCGGUUUAUCCAGCGAUACAGGAACUAUCUCGAGAAGCAGCAGCUCUUGGAUAGAAGGCAUCGUGUGGAAAAAAUGCCCGAUGGCACCUUGGCGCUCCCUGUGCUAGGCGAGACCCUCCCGGAGCAACACCUGCGGGAGCUGAGGAAUCGCGUGGCCCCAGGUAGCACCUGUGUACUGACGCAGCUCCUACAUCCUGUACCUUCCAAGAAGGCCCGGGGUUGUUCACCUGCCCAAAGGCUGUGUCUUGAGGUGCGUCGCUGGGUAGAAGGCCGGGGCGUCACGUGAUCUGCUGAGCUGGAGGCUGACUUGCCCCGAUCAUGGCAAAGGCAUGGUAACCUCUUGUUGCUGAGUGAGGACUGCUUCCAAGCCAAGCAAUGGACAGAUCUAGAACCCAAACUCUGGGAGACAGUUGCCUUGGCCCUUGGUGUCCAGCGCUUAGCCAGACGAGGGCGGGUAUCUCCGGAUGGGACUCGAACUCCAGCAGUGACUUUGCUGCUGGGCGACCAUGGUUGGGUAGAGCAUGUGGAUAAUGGAAUCCGCUACAAGUUUGAUGUGACCCAGUGUAUGUUCUCCUUCGGAAACAUCACGGAGAAGCUGCGAGUGGCAUCGCUGUCCUGCGCUGGGGAAGUACUGGUGGAUCUCUAUGCAGGGAUUGGCUAUUUUACAUUGCCAUUUCUGGUGCAUGCUGGUGCGGCCUUCGUUCACGCCUGUGAAUGGAACCCCCAUGCUGUAGUUGCUCUGAGAACAAACCUUGAAAUAAAUGGAGUAGCAGAUCGGUGCCAGAUACACUUUGGGGAUAACAGGAAGUUGAAGCUUUCCAACGUCGCAGACAGAGUGAACCUGGGAUUGAUUCCCAGCUCUGAAGAAGGCUGGCUGGUUGCCUGCCAAGUGCUACGAAGGGAUGCUGGGGGAAUUUUGCAUAUCCACCAAAAUGUGGACUUGUUCCCAGGGAAGACUUGUCAGCCACUCGGAAGCAAGGGGAUGGAGGAAGAGCAGUGGCCUUAUCUUCAGCAAAUUUCCAUCAACCAAGGGGGAAGUAGAACUACUAGGGAUUCUGGGAGAAAAAUGCUGGUAGGCUCUGCCAAACCAGAGUGGCUAAGGUGGGCAGUAUCUGCAGAAACUCGCGUCGCCGCUCUUCUUCAGCAGGUGCACGGGAAAGCCUGGAAGACCCAAAUCCUGCACAUCCAUCCUGUGAAAUCCUACGCUCCCCACGUGGAUCAUGUAGUUCUGGAUCUGGAGUGCCGCCCCUGUUCUCUGGUUGGCUAG